CAGUACGUUUGUUCAGAUGGAGAUAAAAUUCAGUUAACAUUUCAGACAAGUCACAGUUAGGCUUAUAGUCUCUUUCUCUUGAGCUAUUGUCGUGAGAACGAAAUAACAGUAUGAAAAAGUCACUGGCCAUCUUAGCUCUGGCUGUGCUUCUCUUAAAUGGUGUGAGAAGUGUCAGGAUUAAAGAUGAAGACCUUGAAAUGGCAGAUAAACUCUUUGUGCUUGGAGGUGAAGCUUUUGUGAAUAAUUUAGGUUAUAUCCAAAAGGGAGCAGAGUUGGCUCUGAGGAAGAAUUACCACAGAUCAGGUGAUGAGAUGCAAAACUUGUGGAAUUCUUGGAAAAAACUAAUGGACAGAACCAUUGCUGAAGAACGGGCUAAAGGAAACCAGGAUGAUUUUUUUAUAGCAGCACGUCUUGUUCACAAAAUAUGUAGUAUAUAUUUUGAAGGUCUUUAUAACGUGAUUAUGGGAGUAGGCGAAAGUAGCUCCGAGAAACUUGGGCCGUUUGGAUGGAUAUUCAACAAUGAGACACUGGUGGCGCUCUGGAGAGAUGUGGGGUCUCAAUACUUUCCAGAAGCCCCACCAUUCUACAGUGAUCCAUUCGGGUCCCUGAGUUACAUUUUCUCCAAAAUUGUUUUGACACCCAACAUGGUGCGGAACCUGAAAGUUGCCUUAGAAGUUGUGAAAAUAGACUUCGACCAACUUUAUAAAGAUGCACUAGUGGCUUAUAAUCUAGUCAGAGAGAAGGCAAUGGAAAUUUCUGCCUUAGAGAGGCAAACCGAAAAAAAUGAUUUCGCAGUUACACUGAGAACUGCUUCUGCGGUCCUUGUGUUUUACUGGGAUAAAUUUCUGGAAUACACUGAAAGCAAGCAAUUUCAUGACCAGUAUAUCGAUUCUGUAAGGAUGUUGAAAGAUUCCUCAAAAAAUUGUUAUGCGGAGACAGAGGAGCAAGUAUUGAGUUGGACCGAUCAGAAUUUAGGCAAUCUUUUGAAUAAUGUUGAACAGGAAUAUUACAGAUGGGGUGAUAAGAUUUUUGGAAAUGAGAGAUUCAAUCAGUCAAACUGGGCCUUUUAUAAGAUUUCCUCAGUCUACCGUAUCCCAAUUCAUGAAAAACUGUGUGAAAGUAAACUUAAAAUUUCAGAGGUCAAUAAAGUCCUUGGGACUGUUUAUAAUGUACUUACUGACUUAGGAGGAGAAGAAAUCAUGACGAAAUCAAGGAAAAUGCUUAAUGAAAUAUGGAAUAAUUUUGAUGAUGCAUUUCUAUCUAAAACCAAGAAAAAUGAGAUACCAGAUUUGGAAGAUAUAAAAAACCCAAAGCAACCAUUACACACUAUUAAAGAAAUAUUUUUUGACAUCUGGGACCAAGUUAUUGAUAUCAAAACCAUGAAAGAAAAUGAUGUCCAAGAGUAUUUAAGGAAGUGGGAUGAAGUGAAGAGCAUUUUCAUUAAAGAGUUAAUUGACAGUGGAAAAAUAACUCAGAAGGACCUUGAUGAAGCACAUAAAACUUUGAUGAAUGUUAAGCAAAUGGUCUUUGAGAAAUAUGUAAAAACGAUUGAUGGUCUGGAUAAAAGGAUCAAUUCCUCCACUGAAUUUCUUGGAGAAGUAAUGCUGCUGAUUUUUACUGCCACACAUGCUGCCUUGAUCAGUGCAGAUGGUUUUUCACCUCUGCCAAUGCUGGAUAACGUGGUUCAGUGGUAUCUGUCAUAUUAGAUAAUGUAUUUUUAAAAUCAAAAAUACAUUUGUGAAUUAUUUUGUUUCCUGUCUGUAGGCUAUCUGAUCUUUUUACAUAUAGACUUUAAUUAAUGAUAAGGUCCUAUGCACAAGGACCAGAAGACAGGCCUAGUCAUGUUUAGUUUAUAAAAUAACAUUAAAAUUUUCUUUUAAAAUAA